UCGUCCGAAACGAAGCGCCUUCACAGCGCUCGCCACUUUCCUUUCCUAUGAAGUCGCGGAGCAACCUUUCUCGAAAAACAAUCGAUCGGUUCUCCACUCGUCGAUCUUAGUAACGUGACCUCGCGUUUUCUUCAACAUCUCGUUGCAGUUUGCGGUCAGGCGACCGGUGCCGGUGAAUCGUGUAACGGUGGUGUGGAUGCUCCUGUGCUCGAUGGUGGUUGAUGAGCCUGGCCGCAGGAAACACUUCUGAGGACUUCUUCCCUCUUCCUUAAAAAUUAUCUCGCCGUCUCGAAGAGGAACGCAGGAUUAUGGCAUCGUACAGAAGCUACGGCGAUACGGGAGCAUACCGGAGUAGAACCGGCGUCAGUGUUGCUAACACAUUCGGUAGAAAUACUUCCGGUGGAAGUAACCUGCCAAGCUGUAGAAGCAGCUAUUCCGGAGUCGGAUCGAGUUCUGCUCGAGCUGCCGCCAAGGAACGGGUGCUUGCUGGUUUUGGAAGCGCUUUUCUCAAAAAAGAUAAACUCGAAGAGAAAUCUACAUACAAAUUUUCAUGUAUCAAAGAUAUCGACAAAAGUCGGUUGCAUUCCGGAAGAUCGUCGUCGGAAGACGUGAGGGCGAAAAGCCCGCUAUCUGACAGUAGGUCAUCUCUCCUCGAGAAAUACUCGUUCUCAGCUGGCAAAACAUCGGAGAGGCCGUCUUCCGUGUUGGACAGAUAUAACCGACCGGCUUCGCGGGAGAAGAGCAGAGAGCCUGAAGGAAUAACGCGGUACGGAUCCAGCACAUAUCCCGGAUCCGGCCUUGGUCGAAAUUAUGGCAACGAUGGUAGGAUCGAGAAGAAGGAUCACCCACCUUAUAGAGGAUUGCGUCCUAAUUCCGGAAGGACAUCGCGGGAGCCCAGUCCAGAGGUCGGUGUUGGAAAAACAAAUUCCUACAGAAUCUAUUCGAGAGCACCGUCUUAUGGUCGUUCAGCUACUUCGCCUAGUACAUCCGAAUCGAGCUCGGCUACAAUCUCGACGAGAUUUGGCUCGACAGCUGGUUCACGGUUUCUCUCAUCGCGAAGCGGCAACGAACGAGUGUCUACAGCUCAAAGCUACCCCACAACGGAUAGAUUUCGAAGCUCAAGCAAGUUGACCAACCAGAAAGACGAAGAAGAACUAAAGCUUGAUGCAAAAUCUGAAAAAAAUGAUCAUGAACCAUCGAAAACGGCAAGCCAAAUGGAAGAAGAUGAAACUAACAGUAGAUUUUCUGACAGCGAAUUUCUGACGUUAAAGAUGACGACCAGAGGCACUUCACCAACGCCUCCCGCGUCUUCGUCUUACGUCAGAAGCAGACGUGCGGAAAUCGAUAUUGUUCAUCAAAAAGAAGUGAUUAGACCUCGAAAACUGCCGGAUUCUACAGAUGGAGAAACACAGUGCGAUCGAAUGAAAGAGACAUCGAGGUUCUCGAGAUAUGGCGGUGGCAAUAGAGUGCCCUGGUCGUAUUUGGAUAAAUACUCGUCAGGUACGACUGGAAAUUCAUCGAUGUAUUCGUCCAGAGGAUACAGUAACGCAAAUUCCACCGGUGAUAAACUCAACAGUUUUGCGUAUACGAGAACAAGCGAAGCCUCAGCAACUACGAGAAAUGAAUCUGCUGUUAAAGAAUCGAGUUCUAGUCAGGAAACUGGAAAAAAGGAGAAAAUAUUCGAUAGUUUAAAUUGCACAAAGACUGGUGACGACUCAUCGGCAUCUAUUGAUUCGAAAGAAUCAUCGAGCAAUCGAGAUAUUCAAAAGAAAAAUAAAAAAUCUAAUGAAACCAAAGUACGAGAUAGCGAACAGUGUUCCUGCGGUGCGCGAAAGACUGAAAUGAACGAGAAUUCUAGCAGUACCAGAACUUCCAACCAAGAUCUCGCAUUUCACCGUACAGAGAAUUUGGCAAUACCGGAUUCCCGGGAGAACAAAAGUGGCCGUCAGGAGCAGAAUAAUAGACAAAGUCCUGCGUCGAAGUGUUACGAAUAUAAUCAGAAGAGAUCAUCUAUUUCGCUGAAAUGUUCUUCGCCAAAGAGCGAAAUUCCAAAAUGCUCUUCAAGAACUGAAUCAACACCAUCGAAAUUCGAAGCAUACUGCGAAAGAAGAGGAUCCAUGCCUAAAUCUGAUGGCAAUUUCUCUUCUAGAGCCGAAGAAUCUCUUCGUAUUGUAGAAGGACAUUGCCAGGACCAAAAUGAAGAAGUUAUAUCUUUAAAACGUGAUGCUUCGCAAAGAAAAGAUUCUACGUCAAGCAGUUCUUCGCAAAGUCGUUCAGCAUCGACAGCGCAAUCCCGUAAUGUGUCGACGAAGAACACGUCGCGUCAAAUGACGCGGACCAGUUCAUCAGACGGAUCAUCUGUAGGCCUGCCAAUUGGCAGAUCGAAAUCAUCGUCAGCCAGUUCCGUGACGAGUCAGGGUGUAAAAAUAAAAGCGACGACGCCGCCAUCGUCCGGCAAAUCAUCCGGCAAUUCGGUUCCACCGUCAGUGAAUCUACGACAAGGCGGUUCGCCGGACGCGCGCGGCAAACCACCUGUACCGAAGAAUGAUACUACGACCGCCGCCACGACGAAGUGCAUCGUGGCAGCGAAGUACGUGAACAAGGACUUCCGCAAGUCGACCUUGAAUAUGGAAAACGGCGAUCCGUUGCGCUCCAAGUACACGAGAAGAAAGAAAAGUCAGAGAACCAGCUCUCAAGAUUCCGAAACAAUCUCGGAGUGUGUUUCCCAAGCCGCCUCUUCGGGGUCUCCGAUCUCGAUGAAAUCCGAUCGAUCGAGAUUGAGAACUCCAUCGGGAGGAUCGAGACCGAUGAUCGGAAGGAGCGACUCGAAUGGUUCAAUGAGAUGGGAAAAAUCGAGGAAAUCCAAGUCACCUUGCGGAACAAAGAGGCCGUCUGCGACGUCAAGUUCCAACAGCAGUAAUCAGUCGACCUCGAAUUCUUCCAGUAGCGAGGACGAUGACGAACGCACUGACAGACCGAAUUCGAGACGAAGAAAAAAACGAGCGUCGAAGUCGCCCACGCACGAGACAAGAGGUAAGAUUAGUGCGGGAUCGUCGAGAACAAGCGUGCUGGCGUCAUCAGCCGAUGAAAUAUCUAUGACAACGGAGAAACCACCUAGGCCACCUUCCAGUCCGCGGUCGAAAAGUGAUCGCUCCGCGAAGACGGAAGAGGCCAAAUCUUUUCUGAUGAGAGCAUUAGCACCAGUGACAAACUUUUUUAAGACUAAAAGUCAGGACUCCGGUGAUACGAGCAAAUCAGGUGGUUGGGUUGAUUACAAUGACGAGAAUUAUGAAGUCAGUAAUAAGACGGGACUACCGCUGUCAUCUUCGAGAUCAAACCUGUCGAAAAGUCCGAACAAUUGCGAAAGAAACGAUGGGAUAAGAGGAAAUAAUUCAAGGCUUCAGCAUCAGUCUUCUGGAGAGAAACCAUGGUGGUUGGAUUCGAAUUCCGACAACGUUCCUGACGGGGUUGAAAGAGUUAGUCCAUGGAACAAUGAUGUUAGUCAAGACACAACGGUCAGCACGGUCUUGCCGGACGAUGGAAAGUACAAGCUGAAAGUUUGGCGACAAGAGUCGGGAGAGCGUGUCUGGUGGUUGGACGACAUUUCAGCGGAGGAAACGAAGAAAUCAUCCUCGUCGGCGUCUCCAAUCUCGAGACGGGGAUCCAGUCGAGGCAGUUUUCGAUCAGUCAAUCGACGAAAUCGCAUCAGGCAUCAGCAGUCCGGCGAACGAGCAUGGUGGAUGAGCGACGACCCCGAAAAAGUCCCGGAGGGCAUAGAAGUCAUCCCUGUUACAUCUCCUGUAGCAUCUAUCGACUGCGUCGACAAACCUGACUUGGUCGAUAACGACCUUUACUCUUCGAAGCCGCUUAAGAAAAUCCGACAUAUUGAAUCCGGAGAGAAAGCAUGGUGGAUGGACAGCUCCUCGAACAUUCCUGACGGCGUCGUCAGAAUCCCUGCGGAAACUUCCAACAGCACUUCCGACUCCUCCGAGUCAUACGAGAAGAUCGAUAUCGGCGUUAACCGUGAACCUGAAACGUGUGUUAAGAACGGCCUCUCCAGAUUUCCUAUCGAAUUUCCGCCACCACCGCCCGAGGAGCCGUUGGGGGAUCGUGCAAGUCCAGAAGGGGUCGAGAAUCCACCUGAUCCACCAGACAAUUAUGGUGGACGAGACUCGCCUUACGACAAUGUGCAACCGACACCCCGAAGAUUGUCACCAAGGAAACGACCCUCUACGUUACCGUUGUUUAUUGGCCAGCACACUGACAUCGAUGAUGUACUCGGUGAUACAGCUGCCUUGUAUCACAGUCCUGUUCUCUCUCGUGUUCGUAAACAGCAACGCGUUGAAGAGGACUUUUCCGAAGACAGUUCUGAGUGCGAAGAAAUAGAUGCAACUCAGGUAAUCAUUCAUGACAGCACGCCGCAAACACCGGUGAUUCAACGAAGGAACCGAGAUAAUGAGAGGAUUCAACCCGAUGGCUACAUUCCGCUCGACGACACGGCGCUCCAGCUGUACAAGGGCGGUGAUUAUGGCGCUUAUUUGGACCUGGAGGCCUCUAUCAACGAGCAGCAGGAAGAAUUUGAGGGCUUCCAUGAAGGUGAGAGCCGGAAGAACGCGAUCAUUCUCAGGACCCAGCUGUCCGUGAGGGUUCACACCAUCAUAGAAAAAUUGCUGAACAGCGAGGGCCGCGAGCUGCGACGGGCCCUCUUCUCCCUCAAGCAGAUCUUUCAGGAGGACAAGGAUCUGGUGCACGAGUUCGUGCAAAAUGACGGACUCGCCUGCCUUAUCAAAGUCAGCAGUGAGGCCGACCAGAAUUACCAGAAUUACAUUUUACGAGCACUCGGCCAGGUGAUGCUGUACGUCGACGGUAUGAACGGGGUGAUGGAACACGGGCAGACAGUGGAAUGGUUGUAUACGUUAAUUGCUAGUCGUUUUCGGCUGGUGGUGAAGACGGCGCUGAAACUGCUGCUCGUGUUCGUCGAGUACGUGGAAACAAACAGUCUGCUGCUGGUCAGGGCUGUGAGAACGGUGGACCAGGCCAGGGGUGUGGUGCCGUGGAUUAACGUGAUGAAACUCCUCAAGGAUUACGAUGCCGCCGACACGGAAUUGCUUAUAUACGCGACGACUUUGAUUAACAAAUGCUUGAACGGCAUACCCGAUCAGGACACUUACUACGAUCAGGUGGACUGCCUCGAGGAGCAGGGUAUGGAGGGCGUUAUCCAGAGGUACAUGUCGAAGCAGGGCACAGACCUCGACCUGCUCAGGCAGUUUCAGAUCUACGAGGCGGUGCUGCAUCACGAGGACGGCGACAGGGGCUCGCCUAUACGCCAGUUGGAUGAUAAUAUAAGGAAGACUUUACGAAACCGAAAGUCUUUAGUAGAUUCUCACGAACGACGAAAGUCUCGGAGGCAUUCGACAGGUAAUUCGCCCCUGUCGAUGUCCUUGAACGCACGUCUGAGUCCACGGCUAAAUCAUUCUCUAGGGAUGAGCUCACUGAACAACACCUUGAACUCGAGCUUACCAGAUGAUGACAACGAAUCAAGCAGCUCUCAAAGUUCCCAGGGUCAUCUAGGCGAAGUUCAGCUCAAUGGCAAUUAUAAAGAGAAUAAAGGAAACACAAUUCCGCGUGUUUCAGUGGACGUUGGUGUCACACCGGCGCUAAGACGGCGAAGAGAACGCGCGGAAAGACAGAGGAGUUUCAUUAGAGAGCAACAAGAGGCUACCGCAAACAUGAGAGCUUCGCUUGGUCACACCGACGAUCAGGAAAGUCAGUUUGCAUCAAAUAGUCUGCGAUAUACGAAUGGCACCACUUACGAGAGAAACGCUGAUUCUCCCUCGAACAAGUUGUCCAGAACGAACAGCAGGAAGGACUUGACGCCCUUGAUGAAUGCCGCGAACAAGCUCGACUCGGAGGAGAAGAAGCCGUGGUACGGCAAAAGCCCCAAUGAAGGUGUCGAGUACGACGAGAAUAAUCACAUCGACGAAGACGAAGAUCGUCGAGUGGUUCUACAGCUUAAGAGGGAAGGAACCGUCAAGGAUCUCACGCAGAAGUUAGCAGCGCAGAAUCUUAUACCUAGCAGCCCCGUGGAGGAGAAAGUUUCCAGGAUAGGAGACAUGAGCGGAUUGAUCUCGAAGGCGAAAGAGGGCCUUGCGAAGUCGAAAUCAAAAGCGGACGUGCUGAAGUCACCGACCAGCGACAACCUGCCUAAGCUGCAGGAGACGAAGAAAUCCGAGAACGAGCUGCACUGGGAGGAGCUGGUGAAGAAGCUGAAGCGACCGCUGGCGCUCUGCGAUUUAGAUUUCACCGAUUUGAAUUCCGAGGACGAGAUCGAUGUGCUGGGAUCCGCUAACGUAACGAAUGGAGUGCCGCCGCCGCCGCCACCGAUGGCGCCUCCGGGCGGAGACGCGCCCCCGCCGCCUCCGUUGGGCGCAAAACUGCCGCCGCCGCUUCCUCAGGGCCCGCCGCCGCCCUUCGGAGUCAGUUUGAAGAUAUCGAGGCCGCCGCCGCCGACCAGCGAGACGAGCAGCGUGCCGAAAAGUCCGCCGUCGUUGCUCGCGAAGAAGAGUAAAAAGACGGUGAAGCUGUUCUGGAAGGAGGUGCGGGAGGACCUUAACAUUCUCGCGCGACUCGACAAACACAAGAUGAUCUGGGACGAGCUGACACCCGUGGCCGUCGACACGCAGAAGCUCGAGCAUCUUUUCGAGAGCCGCGCCAAGGAUCUCAUCACCAAGCAGAAGCAGCAAGAGAUGAAUAAGAACAAGGAGAUCAUCGUAUUGAACCACAAAAGGUCGAAUGCCAUCAACAUCGGUAUGACGAAAUUGCCGCCGCCGAGAUCUAUCAAGACUGCAAUUUUAAAAAUGGAUGCUACUAUCAUGAAUAGAGAGGGUAUCGAGAAACUCCUGACGAUGCUGCCCACCAAGGAAGAAAAGUCCAGGAUACAAGAGGCGCAGGCCGCCAAUCCUGACCUUCCUUUAGGAUCAGCCGAACAGUUCCUGCUGACUUUGACCUCCAUCUCGGAACUGCCAGCAAGAUUGAAGCUUUGGGCUUUCAAACUAGACUUCGAAAACUCUGAAAAGGAAAUCGCGGACCCUUUGAUGGAUUUGAAGCAGGGUAUGGAGACCUUGCGAGUGAAUAAAACGUUCCGCGGGAUUCUAAGCACGCUCCUUUCGAUCGGGAUAUUCCUCAACGGAAAUGAGGUGAAGGGCUUUCAGCUGGAAUACCUCGUCAAAGUACCUGAAGUGAAGGAUACGGUUCACAAGCACUCACUGCUUCAUCAUCUCUGCCACAUGGUGAUGGAGAAGUUCCCGGAUUCUACGGAUCUCUACUCCGAGAUCGGCGCGGUAACGAGAGCUUCGAAAAUCGAUUUCGACGAGCUGGCAGCGAACAUCGCGAAACUCGAGAGCGAGUGCAAAGCGUCUUGGGACCAUCUCAAGCUCAUUGCGAAGCACGAUGGUUCCACGAUGAUGAAGGUCAAGAUGUCUGAUUUUCUUGCCGAUUGCGCCGAAAGGAUAAUCGUCUUAGGCAUCGUGCAUAGACGUAUCAUAAAUCGUUUUCGCAAAUUUAUCCUGUGGCUCGGUAUACCGUUGCAUAGAAUACAAGACACAAAACCGAACGAGUUCUGCAGGAUUGUGUCUGAAUUCGCUCUGGAGUACAGAACCACGAGGGAACGAGUGAUACAGCAGCUUGAGAAGAAAGCCAAUCACCGAGAACGCAAUAAGACCAGAGGGAAGAUGAUAACGGAGGUUGGCAAGUUCCGUACAAAGGAGGAUCGAGCGGACGCGGAACUCAGACAACUACUUGGCAGUGACAUUUCAGACGUCGAGAGCAUCCACGGCACUUUACCAUGGCGAAGACAGAGAAAAGACGGUCGUAUAAUUCCGCUGGGCCCGGUGCUCAGGGACGAAAGCACCAACGGCAAUUUGGCUGAUGGCGUUGACGAACUAUUGGAAUCUCUAGUGAAAACUGCGACAAAAACACCAACCACCAGAACUACGCCACGCGAGCGCAAAAGGACCAGACACGCCGAUCGUAAGUCUUUGAAGCGAUCGCGCACCCGAGAGAACAACACUACGCCGGAGGGGUAUCAACCCUGAUUGGCCAGCUUUCGUGACUUCUGCGAUUAAGUGCGUAGAACGCUGAAGAACGGUCUCUCGGAAGAGGAGAAGAAACACAUCGCCGCCUACAUCAAAGGCUACUGACUGUGAUAAUACUCGAAGGCCACGAUAUGCUCCCACGAGGCGAAGGAAGGGUGCGACGUCGAUAUCGCAAAGGGGCGAAAUGGCGGAAACUUGGUGAAGACUUCGCAAUCCCCGUCAAGGUCUCGGCUUAGAAUCCUGUCUUCAUGUUCCGGUCAGAGGUCAAACGAUUCGAUGCUUGAUACCACACGAUACGUCGCUAACGUUCGCCGAAUUCGACAUUCGUGUAAAGCCCCCGCGUACACCUCGCGUGUGCACCUUUCGUCCGAUUUAUGAAGACAGAAAAUAAGUACGAAUAGAGGAAAAAAAAAAAUACGUUUUGUUGUGAAUGUUUAGACAAGUAUUAAUCGGUGAUUUAGACUUAAGCAAAUGAUCAAAUAAACAUCUCGAUGCGUCAUUUAUGUGCGAGGAAAAGUAUCUCGCGCAUAUUAAAAUCUAUAGGAAUUUCUAUUUUUAUGGAAAUUUAUUUUUCGUAUAGAUGUCUGUGUUUUAAAAAAAGUUUUUUUGUUUCACGUAAUUGUUUCUUUGCUACCCGUAGAAAUUCCUGGAAGAUUCGAUGGCGCAGUUAUGUAGGACUUUCUUUAUGUUUUUUGCUUUGAAAAGGAAAGAGUUAAGCGCGCAUUGUUUACGUAUUGUACAUUUACGUAUUAUACUCGGUACUUCUCGGAAGAUUCACUCGAAUUGCGAACGACAGGGUCGACUCGACAAUCAUAUAUAUGACACCAUGUGCCUCGAUGAAUUUUUAUGAUCAAUCAAUUUUUAAGAUCGAAUACUCGAGCGAUCGAUGCUUUUAUUCGCGUCGAUUUACAACGAAAUAAUAGCUAUUUUGCAUACGACGUAACUACGUAUAUUCUAGAACGAUUCCUGUCGAAUAGCGAACAUACCGAUAUAUGCCGAACGACGUGAAGUUCUGCCGGCACGACACUUGCCUAGCGAGAGAAGCAACUUAAUUACCUUAAUCAUCAUUUUAUUAUUGCGUUUCGUAGAAGCGCAUAAUCGCAAUCAUUGUAACUCUGUGGAAAUAAUUCUUGGAAUAAAACGAAAAGCAAUUAUAAACUGGC